AUGGAUCGGUAUAGCGUGAUGGUCAGUAUCGAGGAUCCUCAAGGUAACACACAAUCUUCAGUCAUCGUCAAACUGGGUCCGGAAAACAGCUGUCAACAACUAGUAGACCAAAUUUGGGAUUUGGCCGAAAGACAGUCAAGUGGAGAGUCAAAAAAUAACGAUCAAGGCAGAUGGACGUUCACGGCAGUGUCGGAAAAUAAUGAGAUAUCGAGAUCGACAGCUGCAUCCGAUUCACCUAAAAUAAGAAAUUAG